AUCUUUCGCUUUACUUCAAUUCACAACACAUUAGGAUUGCCUUUUCUUACUCCUUAAUUAUCAGAAUGAUCCCUUCACCAACUAGUGAUAAGCUCUUAUUGAGUGAGCACCAAUUUUAUGCCAAGUCAUCCACACAGCCACCAAAAUCUAGCAUAUGUCACAUGUUUAAUGAUUUACGUUCAUUUGACUUAUCAGACUUGUUCGAAGUUGAAAAUAUAUUCCGAUUAUUAAUUGUUUUAGUUAUUUCGGUAACUUUAUACAAAUUUAUUCGGUCAUAUUUCAGAAGAAGAACAAUCUCCAAGGAAAGAUCAAAACCAAUAACUCCAGUAUAAUCAAUAUUAUUGGUCUGAUUUCAAUCAGAAAAUCCAAAUUGCAUCAAGAGUCAUACAUAUGGACAAAAACCUACAAUUCAUAUGUUGACUACGUCCUUCAUUUCAAAAACCCGUUUUAGUUCUUUGCAUUCAAAGUUUCGUUGUUUUACCUGUCGUCCGAAAAAGAAAAAUAAAAAGUACUGCGAAUUUACGUCAUAAACGUAAAAACCUAGGAUUUUUUUUCAUUUUCAUGUUUACCUAAGCCUCAGAAAGCUACUUUUUUUAACCCUAUUCACAUUUAAUUGGUAUUUCAGUCAUUCCCAUUUCGUCAUAUUCGUUGCUACAUUUUUACGUCACAUGAAAUUUAAGCCCUGGUGUUAUUUAUUUUUUCUUCUAGAAAAAAAAAAAAAUUGCAUCCCAGAAAGCAAACCUAUUUUUAGUCAAGCAUUGUUUUGAGAUACCACUUUCCGUUUUUGGUUGAUAUAACGACAUAAUAGGGCUAAAAUUUCACGGUUAGGUUAUUUAUUUAUAUAUUGUGUAACGGUGGGGGAUCCACAAAGUAUUACAUGUAUUCUUGUCAUCGUUGCCACACAUUCAUCACAUAGUAGUAGUUUUAAUAAUAUUUUCACAUUU